AAGCCUCAUUACAAUGCUCACCUUUAACCUAACCGUUCCACUCUCGGUUGACUUUUCGCGUCCUGAAGAUUAUUUGAUAUUUAUUUUUCAUAUCCUGUUCGCCACAUGUUCGUCUCUGCUGGCAGGGUCAGUGGUCAUCGGCAUCAUGAGCACCAGAGCCCUUCGCUCCCAGAACCGCUUCAUCUUCAUGUUAAACACCAGCAUCAGUGACACGUUAACCGGCGGCUCUGUCUUCUACCUCGGCCUGUUUGACGUCCAGGAGGGUUACCCGUCCCGAAACGGCACUUUUUACAUUUUACCGUCAUUUCUAGGGGUGAACGUGUUGACAUUUGUGUUUGCUCAGUUUGACAGAUACCUGGCUGUGUGUCACCCCUUCUUCUACAAGCGUUACAUCACGCGCGGGGUUGUGAUUGGCGUUUGCGCGCUCUGUUGGAUUUAUACAUAUUCAAUUCUUACUGUUCAAAGUGUCGUGCCUGUUGCUUUUGCCGCGCAAAUGAACGCGUUUGGGGUCAUUGUCCUACAGGUGAUCGUGGCCAUCAAAGUGUUAAUGACCGUGAAAUUGUACAUGAUCGCGAGGCAUCAGCUCAGCCGAGAGAUGCCCAGCAGCGACAAGGAGAGCAAGAAAGAAUCGCUGCGCAUCAUCGUUUAUGUGGUCAUUUGUUUUCUCAUCUUGUGGGCUCCGUCUUUUGUGAACAUCUCGGUAAAAUAUGUGACUAAGACCGGGCUGAGGUUCAGAAAUGAAGCCACGAAUCUUUUCGCGAUCAUGGCGCGAUUGAACGCGCUCAGCACGCCCGCGCUGUAUAUCUGGGGUAGUCCGUCUUUGCGCGCGGCCGUCUGGAACUCGGUGUGGAGUAAAAUAUUCAAGAGGAGAACGACAAGGGUGGACUCUGGCCAUGUGAAACCCAAGAAGGGAGGAGAGAGCAUUCUCAGCAUCACACGGAGCUCCAGAGACACAUGA